AUGUUUAAAUUCAAUUUAUUAUCAAUAUUCCAAACCAAUUCCAAUAAAUCGGUUAUCGAUAGCAAAGAUAUCCCAAAGAAUUUUACCAUUAAUAAUGAUAAUAAUAAAGUUUUGAACAUCUCAAUGGUUAAUGGAGGUAUCAAUGAAGAUGAUGACUUCAUUAAUAUCAACUUUAAUGAGUUAACUUAUGCUGAAGUUGCUAAGUUAAAUCAAGAUAAACCAAUCAACUAUAACAAAAAUAAGUCAUCCAAAACAAUUAUUAAUAAGAAAUCCAAAGCUGUUGGUAAAGAAACUGAAGAAGAGUUGGUUGAUUCAAUUCAUGAAAAGUUUAAAUCAGAUAUUCACUAUAAAAAACAUAAACAAUUCAAGUUAAAUGAAAAGAGAAAGAGAUCUCAAGCUAGAAGAAAACAUUGA